AUGCCAAGUACUGUGAAGCAAUCAAUUUCAACAGUGAGUGAAAAACAAUUAACUUCAUAUGGUUGUAAAAAUAUUUAUUCUCUUGAGAUAGUUUUAAUGAUUUGCUCUUUGCUAGAAAUGACAGGCUUUUGUACUCUCUGUGCUAUAUUCUUCUCUUAUUCUGGUACUUUUAUUCUUCAUAUUUGCCUUGCAUUGAUCGGUGGAAUAGCUGUAUUAGUUGGUAUACUUACACAUUUUCCAAGUGCACUUCUAUUCUACAUGAUCAUACAGAUAUCUUCUACUAUUUACUUAUCAAUCAUCGCCGUUUUAUCCGUAAGCAUAUUUUUCAACCCCAGCAAGUGGAAAUUUGAUGAGGCCAGUUUUCUUGGCCAUACGAAUGAGGAAAUUCGAGAAAGUGGAGCCAUUCUGAUAUGCUUCUCAUUAUUACUCAUUCCAUUAUCGGCUUGUUCACUGGUUGCUGCUGUACAAUUUUUCCAUCGAUGUGGUGAAGAGAAGAUGGUAAAAUGA